AUGUAUCAAUUCUAUGAUCUUUUACCAAUGGCUUUAGAAACAAAAAAUUUACAUUUGACUUUUAUAACAAAACUGAGCGAGGGCACGAAAUCGGAGUACGCUAUCCCAUAUAAUAAUCUAAAGAAUUCGUGGAUAUCGUCUGUAACUACAAAAGCUGAAUUAAAAUUCAUGGAUAGAAUAGAUAAUUAUUUCCCAAAUACUACGAAUAAACAAAAUUGUAUAAUCGAUUUUCAUCCAGUAUGGCAUGUGUUUCCGUUGCAUACCGUAUACGAUAGUUUAUCAUGUACAGCAGAUAAAAAUGUUUCAAUUAAAAAAGGGUUAAAAAUAGUUUGA